CAUUUUGGAUCCAUGUGGUUAGACACAUUACCUGCAGCAGUCAUUCUCUCAGGCUGUUGUAUUAGUUUGAUAUCAUCGGUUUGCAACCAUGCCGAACGCCUCAGAGCAGCGUCCAUACCUGGUUCUGGAGAACUACAUCGGAGGGAAGUUCAUCCCUAGUCUGAACCACAUCGACUCCUACGACCCGUCCAUCGGGGAGGUCUACUGCAAAGUGCCUGACAGCGGCAAGGAGGAGGUGGAGGCAGCGGUGGCGGCAGCUAAAGAAGCCUUCCCUGACUGGUCCGCCCGCAGCCCAGAGCAGCGAGCACAGGUCCUCAACAAGCUGGCUGACCUGUUGGAAGCCCACCUAGAGGAGUUGGCCCAAGCUGAGUCCAGAGACCAAGGUAAAACCGUAACAUUUGCACGGACUGUGGACAUUCCUCGAUCGGCGUACAACUUCCGGUUCUUUGCGUCAUCGUUGCUCCACCACACCACCGACUGCAGCCAGAUGGACCACAUGGGCUGCCUGAACUACACUAUCCGCUGCCCUGUGGGAGUGGCUGGUCUGAUCAGCCCCUGGAAUCUCCCCCUGUACCUGCUGACAUGGAAGAUUGCACCUGCAAUCGCUACAGGCAACACAGUGGUGGCAAAACCCAGCGAGAUGACCUCCGUGACUGCCUGGAUGAUGUGCAAGUUGAUGCAGCAGGCUGGUGUUCCUCCGGGAGUAGUCAACAUCGUAUUUGGCACUGGGCCGAGAGCAGGCGACGCCCUCGUCGGCCAUCCUGACGUCCCAUUGGUUUCCUUCACUGGUUCCACGGCAACUGCCCAGCGCAUCACAGAGCGGAGCGCCCCUUAUUGUAAGAAGCUGUCACUGGAGCUAGGUGGUAAAAACCCUGCCAUCAUUUUUGCUGAUGCAAACCUGGACCAGUGCAUCGAGACCACGGUCCGCUCCAGCUUCUCCAAUCAGGGAGAGAUCUGCUUGUGCACCAGCAGGAUUUAUGUAGAGAGGAGCAUUUACUCUGAGUUCCUGGAAAGGUUUGUGGCUGCGGCUAAGAAGUGGAAGACAGGUGUGCCCUCUGACCCCAGCAAUAACAACGGAGCGCUUAUCAGCAAAGAGCACCUGGAGAAGGUUCGAAGCUUCGUUGCACUCGCCAAAUCUGAAGGUGGCGUCGUCCACUGCGGUGAGGGAGUUGACCAGCUGGAACUCCCUGAGCGCAACACCAAGGGCUACUUUAUGCCAGCCACCGUCAUCUCAGGCAUAUCUGACAGCUCCAGCGUCAUGCAGGAGGAGAUCUUCGGCCCUGUCACCUGCGUCAGCCCAUUCGACACGGAGGAUGAGGCCAUUUCCAAGGGCAACGGCGUGCGUUACGGUCUGGGGGCCACGGUGUGGUCCCGGGACGUUGGGAAGGUUCACCGGGUGGCCAGGCGGAUACAGGCAGGUAUGGUCUGGACCAACUGCUGGCUGGUGAGAGAUCUGAACCUGCCCUUUGGAGGGAUGAAGAAUUCUGGCGUGGGGAGGGAGGGAGGGAAGGAUUCCUACCACUUCUUCACUGAGGUGAAGACCAUCACGAUCAAACACUGAGGGAGGAGGGAAAGAAAUGGAUUGGAGAAACGUGGAUACAGUUUUGUAGUUAAUCUUGACAUUCAUCAGCCUCUGUCAGCAACUCUUAGGAAUUUCAAUGACACGUGUCUGCUCCCACCCUCUUGGAUUACUGGAGCCCGUAAUUAUGUCACAUUUAUAAAAUAGCCUACAAAGAGUGGAACAAUACAGAUGAAUAUACAAGCAGAAAUGCAAUAGAAAUGUCAAGUGAAGAGGAAAUAUACAGUAUCACAGUGCAAAACAUGCAUCUCUUUUUCAUUAGUAGAAUAUUUUUGCAAUAUUGAAAUGCAUUGAGUAGUGCGUGUUCAGCAAGCAAUUUUGACAAGAGGGCAUGCAAACACUGGUAAUUCAAAUAGAAAAGUGGAAAGGUUAGUAAAAAAGUACAGCUAGUAGAGUAUGUGCCUGAGGCUAACCAAAUCCAAAAAGCAAAUCAUUGUCCACUGGUACUUCUUCAGCUGUUUUGUAACACAACUGUUGUUUAAAUUAAAACACCUUAUAUAAAUGCUA